AUGACUAACCAAAGAAUGCUUAGGACCAGUCGAUUUAUACAUAGUUUUAGUGUCCUUUUAAUUAAAAAACACAAACUACCGCCAAGAAGCAAGUUUACAAUUUCUAUGGAAAAUGAAUGUGUGGAAGCGUUCAUGCAUGGAGGGAGAGGACCAGGAGGACAAAAAAUUAAUAAAUGUAAUUCUAAGGUACAAUUAAAACAUCUUCCAACAGGUGUGGUGGUGUCUUGCCAGGAGACACGAUCUAGAGAGCAAAACCGUAAAAUUGCCAGAGAAAAAUUAGCUUUAGAAUUAGAUAGACUGAAAAGAAAAGAAGAGACUAAUAGUGUUGGGUAUAUUAAAACCGAAAGAGAGUUAGCGUUACAACAAUGGAAUCAACAAAGUAAAAAAUCCAAAAGCAAGAAGAGUAGAGAAAAGCAUACUCAGCAUGCAAUUGAACGAGAAGAGCAACGGUUAAAACAACUUCAAGAAGAUGAAAAAUUAAUAAGAGAAAUGAUAAAUCAACAAUAA